UCCUAUUUUAGCUUUGAUACUUGAGCUGAAAGCACAGAGGCGCUUGUUCUGGACAAGCGAACACACGAAGUCUGUUAAAGGUUUGGAUGUUUAUGGUCACAAUGAAGGCCUUCAUCUUCUUUCUUCUCCUGGGAAUUCAGGGAGCAGCGGCAGUGACCCACUCUCUGAAGUAUUUCUACACUGGAUCCUCUCAAGUCCCAAACUUCCCAGAGUUUGUGACUGUUGGGAUGGUUGAUGAUGUUCAGAUUGAUUAUUAUGACAGCGACACGGAGAAAACUGUGCCCAAACAGGACUGGUUUGCCAGGAACACAGAUCAGCAGUACUGGGAGAGACAGACUGCAGCAAAUAUGGGUUCCCAGCAGGUGUUCAAAGCCGGCAUUGAAAUCAUAAAGCCUCGCUUCAACCAAACUGGAGGUGCUCACAUUGUCCAGCAGAUGUACGGCUGUGAAUGGGAUGAUGACACAGGUGAAGUGACUGGAUAUGAUCAGUUUGGCUAUGAUGGAGAGGACUUCUUAAUCUCUAACAUGAAGACAGAGACGUGGGUUGCUCCUGUACAACAGGCUGUCAUCACCAAAAACAAGUGGGACAGUAACAGAGCUAAAAUCACACAGGACAAGAACUACUUCACCAAGCUUUGUCCUGAGUGGCUGAAGAAGUAUGUGAACUAUGGGAGGAGCUCUCUGAUGAAAACAGAUGUCCCCUCAGUGUCUCUCCUCCAGAAGUCUUCCUCCUCUCCAGUCACCUGCCACGCUACAGGUUUCUAUCCUAACAGAGCCGAGAUGGUCUGGAAAAAAGAUGGAGAGGAGUUUCAUGAGGGUGUGCACAAAGGAGAGAUUCUCACCAACAAUGACGGGACCUUCCAGAUGAGUGUUGACCUGGAUGUCUCAUCAGUCAAACCUGAAGACUGGCACAGAUACAGAUGUGUGUUUCAGCUCUCUGGUGUGAACAAGGACAUCGUCACCAAACUGAACAAAGCAGAUAUCAAGACUAAUGAAGAAAGUUCCUUCUCCAUGAUCAUCCCUAUUGUUGUUGCUGUGGUUGUUCUUGCUGCCAUCACUGUGAUCGGAUUCAUUAUUUACAAAAAGAAGACAGACAAACGUCCCCCAUCUCCUGUAGAGAACCGUGAAGUCAAGGAGCAAAUGCUUCCUCAAGCCUAAACCACAAACAGCUCUGCACACAGCUUAUGGAUAGAUGGAUAAAGAGAACCUGAAAGAAGACGUGAUGUCAACUCAUUCUUCUCCAUAAACUGGAAUUCAUUGAUUGUUCACAUCAUAAAAUCUCUUAAAAAGAUCUAAAAUCUAAAAUAUAGUUGCAGAUGCUGGUUAAUCAAGAAGUUUGAAAAUGAGUUGGCAAAUGUUUAACAUAAACAUCAUAAUGGUGACAUUAAAUUAUACUGAUUUUGUUGUUUUCAGUUUUAAAAAAGUCACUUUAAAAAAAAAAAAGUUCUAACAAAGAUAUGACCACCUGGAUAAACGUAAAACACAAUAAAAACAAUAUGAAACAAUGGAAUCAUCACAGCAGUUGUAGUACAAUCAUAAUUAACCCUUUGUGUGUUCAUCUUAACUCAAAAAUCCAAUAGUUUAGUGUUUCUGGGGUUUUCUUGUAAAUUGUUGCAUCACUCAUGAAUGCUGAGAUUCCCUCACUCUCAGUGAUAAACGAAUCAUAAUAUAUUUCUAAAUUUUGUACAUGUUUACUUGUGUAGUUCGUAAAAUUUGAUUUAAAAGACAAUCUUGUGUUGAAUUCCAGGAGACCUUCAAAGAUUUAACUUUAUGUCUGAUUUAUUUCUUAAUUAAUGAAGAUUAUGUUUAUUCUCUGUUGUUUGAUUUAAGAUAUGUUUUGAGUUUUCUGAUUUUAGAGUUUAGUUCAAGUUGAGAUUCUGGAGGGUUGUGUGGGUUAUGUUUUUAACACAUUGGUGGGUGUGUUUCUGCUUAUAGUUAAGGAUUUUUCAAGGUUUUUCUCAUUUGUCUGUAAACUUAAAAAAAUUAAUUAGGCAAAUAUAUAUCAGUAAAACGGCAUUGCUCUUUCUCUCCUUUUCGUACUUUUGCUUGUCAAUAAAGUUCCAAAUAAUCCAAA